AUGUUUUAUUCCUUCUCGUCACAUCAACUGCAUCAAUAUACAAUCUUUCCGCACAUUUUAUCCCUCCUAUCAAUAAACCCCAAUUUUUUUGAGAUCUAUCUAUCUAUCUAUCUAUCUAUCUAUCUAUCUAUGCCUAUUCCUAGCUAUCUAUCGAUCUUUGCCUAUUCCUAUCUAUCUAUCUAUCUAUCUAUCUAUCUAUCUAUCUAUCUAUCUAUCUAUGUAUGCCUAUUCUAUCUAUCUAUCUAUCUAUCUAUCUAUCUAUCUAUGCCUAUUCCUAGCUAUCUAUCGAUCUUUGCCUAUUCCUAUCUAUCUAUCUAUCUAUCUAUCUAUCUAUCUAUCUAUGUGUGCCUAUUCCUAUCUAUCUAUCUAUCUAUCUAUCUAUCUAUCUAUCUAUCUAUCUAUCUAUAUUUCCUAGCUAUCUAUCGAUCUUUGCCUAUUCCUAUCUAUCUAUCUAUCUAUCUAUCUAUCUAUCUAUCUAUCUAUCUAUGUGUGCUAUCUAUAUAUCUAUCUAUCUAUCUAUCUAUCUAUCUAUCUAUCUAUCUAUCUAUCAGAACCAAUUUUUAUGCAUCUAUUUCUAAUUAUUCAUGUAACAUCUCUUCCUCUCCUUUUCUAUACCAGAUUUUAAUUCUACAUAUACUAACUCUAUAUCAAUCAACAUAA